GUAUGCGUAUAUAUAGACAACUACAUAGCUCAUAAUUUUUCAUAUCAAACAAAACCAAACAAGAUUUAGAAACAGGUAAAGAUGGCCAAAGUUGCUAAUCCUAACCGCGUCUAUGAAGAUUACGAUCCUCCAUUUGAUAUGGUGCCCGAAGAAGGAUGUGACACCAUCCUCAUUUAUCUCCCUGGGUAUAAGAAAGAGCAACUGAGAGUUCAAUUAACAACAUCGCGUGUUCUUAAGAUAAGUGGAGAACGUCAAAUUGGUGAUAACAGAUGGAGGCGUUUUCACAAGGAAUUUCAGGUCCCUACUAAUUGUGACACGAAAGAGAUCACGGCUAAGUUUGAGGGUGGUAUACUUUACAUCAGGCAGCCGAAAAUAAUCACCCCUGCAGGAGCACCUGAACAGGUUGCAGACAAAGGAAAAGCAGCAAUAGAGGCUCCCAUGCCUUCCAAGCCUCCUCAUCUACCACAACCUCAACCUCAACCUCAACCCCAACGACAAAGUUAUGAUCUACCACAGCCUAAGCCGAAACUACAAGCUCGUGAUCAGCCACGAUCACUGCCUCAGCCUCAACCUCAAGCUCCUUUGCCACUACCUCAGUCACAGCAACAGGCUCCUCUGUCAGAGCCUCAAAAGGGUUUGUAUGAGAAGAUGGAGAAAAAGGACAAUGCAGAAGAUGCAAUUUCAAAGGAGGAAAGAGGCAAAUCUCCUAAGAAGGAUGAAGAAGUAAAAGAUCAAUGUAUAUACACACCAAGGCCAAAACAAACUGUUGGUAGAAGAGGACUUUUCAGCGAGCUGAAGAAGCCAGAAAAUCUCAAGAGGCUGGUUGUUUCUGUUUUACUAGUGCUAGGCAUUGGAUUCUAUACUACCUACAUGUUCAAAUCAAUCACGAGGGAUGACAAGGAACUAUAAUCUCCACGGAAAUACCCAUCAAUGUUGUGCCAAAAUACAUGUAAAUAUGAUCAAGAUACGAAUAAAAUGUAAGGUUCAGAUACAUAUUGAUCUGACAUAAAAUGUAAAAAGCUUCGCUCAUCAUGGAUAUAUAUAUAGUAAUUCUUAUUCAUCAAC